UAUGUCAGAGGUCUGCAGCUAUGGAAGCACAUGGUGUCGUUCCUGACGUUAUCGAUGCAACCCCACCUUCCAUUGCAGAGGUUUACUAUGGCAGUCUCAAGCUAGAGCUUGGAAAUGUAUUAACACCUACACAGGUCAAGGAUGUUCCAACUCAUAUCUCUUGGCCAACAGAAGAUGGAGUUUUGUACACACUUCUAAUGACUGAUCCUGAUGCACCAACUCGAAGCAAUGCAACGUAUCGGGAAAUGCUGCAUUGGAGAGUUGUUAACAUUCCAAAAACUGACAUCUCUAAGGGUGAUAGUUUGACAGCAUACGUUGGAUCAGGUGCUCCUAAAGGAACCGGCCUUCACCGAUACAUAUUUCUUGUGUACAAGCAGCAGGGUGAAACAGAGUUUGAAUUGCCACGAGUGAGCAACAGGUCAAGAGAAGGAAGACGAAACUUCAACACCAGGAAGUUUGCUGCAGAAUACAAUCUUGGAAGUCCAGUUGCUGGCAAUUUCUUUCAAGCAGAAUAUGAUGAUUAUGUUCCUAAACUUCACAAGCAACUAAAUGGAUAACUAUAUACAUAUAUAUAUAUAAAGUCUAAAAAACAUUUGAAAAAUGAGAAAGGAUGUAGGGUUGCUGUACGAAAAAGAAUAGAAACAAGACCAUGUAGGGUGUGCUGUGACAUCUUUCAUGAAUUCACUCAUACAGACUCAGCAAUACAUCA